GGCCGCGCGCCCGGCCCAGCCUAGCGGCCGCCACCCGCCCGCGUUCCGGGCGUCGCCAGGGCCUCCGCCGAGGCCGGGUCCAGCCCCGCCAUGUCGUGCUACUGUCGGCGCAAGUACCAGAGCGGCGACCUGGUGUUCGCCAAGCUGAAGGGCUACGCCCACUGGCCGGCCCGCGUCGAGCACAUGGCCGAGCCCAACCGCUACCAGGUCUUCUUCUUCGGGACCCACGAGACGGCCUUCCUGGGCCCCAAGCACCUGUUCCCGUACGAGGAGUCCAAGGAGAAGUUCGGCAAGCCCAACAAGCGCCGCGGCUUCAGCGAGGGGCUGUGGGAGAUCGAGCACAACCCCACCGUGCGCGCCGCCGACUACCAGCGGGCGCCGGACGAGCGCGGCGCGGAGCGGCCCGGGCCGCCGCCGGAGGCCAGCGCGGGCGACACGGCCGGCCGCAGCGAGCAGCCGGGGAAGCCGGGCGGCGACGGGCCGGCCGACGAGCAGGCCGAGCGGGCGGCGCCCAAGCGGGCCGCGGGCGAGCUGCCCGACGGCUCCCCCAAACGCCUCCGGGAGGCCGAGCCCGAAGCGGGGGCGCCGCCGCCGCCGCCGCCGCCGGAGCCGCAGCAGGAGCAGGAGCACCGGGAGGAGGAGGAGGAGGAGGAGGCGGCCGCCGCCGGGGAAGGGGCCGCGCCGCCCGCCGUGGAGCCGGAAACCCGGGGCGCCGCGGCCCAGCCGCCCCCGGAGGUCCUCGAGCCGCGGGGAGAGGCCGCGGCCGUCGAGGCGCCGACCCCGGGGGGCGGAGAGCGCGACAGCCUGUAGUCACCAGUUUCGAGAAGAGCCCCCACCCCGUUCCCGCCGCGGCCGGGCUGUUCCUGGGGAAGCGGGUCACGGCCUGCAAACUGGGACGCCGCCGCCACCCCCACCCCUGCCCCCCAUCCGCCCACCGCCCUGGGGGUUGACCCGGAGCGGCAGGCCACCCGCACCCCCGAGAUCGGAGUCAGGCCUCUACUGCCCGGGACGAGCUGAGCCCGCCUGGAGCUGCUUCCCCGAGGCUUCAGUUGAGGCCUGGCCCGGCCGUUCCCACCUCCAGACACCCCCUCUCCCAACCCCCCGGGCACUCCGGACCUCUGCGUGGGAAUCGGGGUAGGAGGGAAGGGGUGGAGGGCACCUACCGAGCAGGGCUUGGGGAGGCUUCCAGGGGCCCGAAAGGGGCCCGCCCGAGACUGCGGCGGUGGGGGCGGUGGGCGACCGCCUUCCGGAGCUCUCCCCGCCCCUCCCAUGCCAGUGAGCCCGGCUGCUCCGAUUCACCGAAAGUGGGACCCCUCCUGGGCCAGGGCCUCCCUCCUUUCUGAGUCCCGUUUGGGCCUUCUGGGAUUUGUCGGUUUUUUUUUUUUUUUUUUCAUCAAUGUGGGAACUUCCCAGUUGCCCGUGAGAUGGGAAGGGUUCGCUUGGCCCGGCUCUUUGGAUGCGUUUCCAUCUCUGCGGUUUCGUGGGAUGUUCUGGGGAGACGCGUGGCCACCCCUUUCCCUCUCCCCACCGCCUCCAGGCCACCCUACAGUCGUAUAUGUCACUCAGGCAUAAAGGAAAAGGCAUGCAGUUGGAAAAAUAUUUUUAACGAAAAGAUUUUUUUUUUUUUUUCCUCCAAUGAAGAACUACCCUGGCCAUGCCUUCUGUCAGCCGACCAGCUCUGCCACUGCAAACUCCAUUUCAAAGAUGGACUAGAAGGUUCCCUUUCUGUUUGCGGUUUGAGGACUUUCUUUUUAUAGUUAAAACUUUGGUGUUCCUUGGCAGUGCCAGUUCCCACCCAUGACGUCCCGCACCCUGACCCCCUCAGCAUUGUCACCAGACCUGAAAUGUAACUUCCUGAGAAGAGAGAAGGAAGUGGGUGCCCCCUCCCUCCCCAGCCUCUUCCCGAACUGUCCAUGUGCCCUUCUUCUGUUGUCUCCCUCUCCCUACCCUUCUCCCUUGGGCUCUGAUGAAAAAUUGUUGACUGUAGCUUUGGAAGUUGAGAGCUGAACUAUUUCAGUUCCAGGAAAUAAAACACGUU